UUUCAGGUAACUUUUAUACAAAUGCAACGCAUUUUCUCAGUCAAAAAUCGUGUUUUGGCGAUCUAAUUAGUAACUUUGAGAACAUUUUGCUAACAUUAGCUGACUUAUUUGAAUCCAGGCGAUAAUCACGGUUUCGAGGUAAGCAUGGCGCUGACUUUGUCCUCCCCGUGUGGAUUCACCUACGACGAGGAUGAGGAACUGGCUGUGUUUGAGUCCACUGCAGCAGAGCAUGGAGGCCUGUCGAGACCACGUCUGCCUGAGAUCUCUGUCAUUUCCCCCGGGCUGGAUAACCGACCAUCCAUUACAGAACCGAAACUAGCCGUGAAACCUGCAGCAGUGAGACAAGGAAGCAGCGAUGGAGGAAAUGCAGAGAGGGUGCAGGUUUUUCUGCGCAUCCGACCGCUUACUGAAACAGAGAAUAACAGGGGAGAAGAACAGGGUUGUGUUGGUGUCCAAGAUGAAGAAACUCUGCUCCUCAAAGCUCCAAAAGAAUCUCAGAACAUGAGGACUGCAGAGCGGGGAAUCACCCAGAGCAUGCACAAGUUCAGUUUCUCCAAGAUUUUUGGGCCAGAGACGACACAGCAACAGUUUUAUGAGUGCACAAUGAAGAAGAUGGUGAAAGACGUGCUUCAAGGAGAAAACCGACUCCUGUACACUUAUGGAGUCACCAAUUCUGGAAAGACGUACACCAUCCAGGGCAGCGGUCGAGAGGCCGGCCUCCUGCCCCGUGCUUUAGCAUCACUGUUCAGAAAACUGCAGGGUCGUCUCUAUGGUGCCUUGGACCUGAAGCCUAUCAUGUAUCAGGAUGUGAGACAGCUGGACUCCGGAGAGAUCAGAGCAGAGGAGAUACGCAGAAACUCACUUCUCAAAGAGGAUGAGACUUCUCGUCGAGGUGGUACCACGACAAUCUGGGACAGUGGUGUCGGAGGGCUCUCCUCUACAAGUAACAUUGCCACCCAGCUUGAAGACACUGACAGUGUUUGUCUGGAGCCUGACAGCCUGUCACACAGCGGAGGAGAUGAUCUGGAGGAAGGGGUGCAGUUUUCUAUCUGGGUUUCCUUCUACGAGAUCUACAAUGAGUUCCUGUAUGACCUCCUGGAUGCUUCUCCCUCCCUGCAGCCCAGAAAGAGGGUCACGCUGCGGCUCAGUGACGACAAGCAUGGCAACCCUUAUGUAAAAGACCUCACCUGGAUCCAGGUCCGCAGUGCCGAGGAAGCUUGGAGGGUUCUGAGAGCUGGGCGUCGUAACCAGAGCUUCGCCAGCACUCACCUCAACCAAAACUCCAGCCGUAGCCACAGCAUUUUCUCCAUCCGUAUCCUGCACGUCCAGCCGGAGGCAGCCCCUGCCCAGGCCAUGCACAUCAGCGAACUGACCCUGUGUGAUCUGGCCGGGUCUGAACGCUGUAAAGAUCAGCGUAAUGGUGAGAGGAUGAAGGAGGCCAGCAACAUCAACACCUCGCUUUUAACACUGGGACGCUGCAUUGCUGCUUUGAGGCAGAACCAGAACAACAAAUCACGCCCCCCUCAAGUGGUGCCCUUCAGGGACAGCAAACUGACCCGGGUCCUGCAGGGUUUCUUCUGUGGCAGAGGAACCUCCAGCAUGGUGGUCAACAUCAACCCGUGUGCAUCCAUCUAUGACGAGACCCUCCAAGCCCUCAAAUUCUCUGCUAUUGCUACUCAGCUGGUCCAUGGCCCGUCCACAAAGACCAGAGUGGCCUACAUCCUGUCCCUGCUGCGUGAGCCAGCAGCAAAUGGUAACGAAAGCACAGUGAUGGAGGAGGACGAAGAUGAGAGUUUUGUUGAAGACGGAGAUAUCACCAUGUUAAAUACUGAGGCUUUGCUGCAAGCCAUUGAUGUCCUGAAGAGAGAAGUGCAGCGCCAGCGGGAAGAGAAAGAAGCUCUCGAGGGAACUGUGAGAGAGCAGGUGGUCUCUGAGAUGAUGGAGGUCAUCAAUGGAAUGCAAGAAGGCUUCAGUGAGACCUUGGAGGCAGAAAGAGCUCUAAUCGAAGAGAGGUACGAAGACAAGAUAACUAAUGUGCAAAAACAUCUAAAGAGAUUCUACAGCCAGGAGCUGAAGGAGCGUGAUCAGGAGAUCGAAGCUUUGUCUGCUGCCCUUGAAAAAACCAAGUCAGCUGACUCAGUCCCCACGUCGGUGCCACAUGAAGACUGUGAGGGGCCUCGUCGUUCUAAGCGCCUCACCACUCGGACAGACUACAGCAGACUGCAAGCUGAGCUCGACCAGUGUCGCGCUGAGCUGCUCACCAAGACCCAAGAGUUGACAAAGCUGAAGAUGCAGCUGGAAGUCCCAGGUUCAACAGGCACCCUGACCUCUGCUGCUGACCGCAAGCUGGAGGACGGUCAACGGAACCUGCGUCAGCUGCGCCUGGAUUUGCAGAGGCUCGGCUCAGACCUGCAGUCUGGUGAACGAGCCUGCUGCCGCAACACAGGAGGAGAGAAGCUGCGUCAGGCACUAACGGCUGCAGAUGAGACUCUGGCCAAGCAGGACCAGAUCCUAUCGGAACUCCAGAACGGACUGAUGCUUGUAAAGGCUGACUUGCGGCGCAAAGCAGAGACCCUCGCCCAGACACAGGCCAUCCGACCCCAGCUGCCCCCCUCAGGCGUUGCCUCCACCGCACCAGGUUCCUGCAAGAAGAGGGGCUGCGGGGCUGCUCCACCAAGCGAGACUGAGAACCGACCUCCGCAAAAACGGCCCUUUUUCCAAUCUCUUUUCCCGACGUGUACCCCAACACGCAAAUACAACACUCGUGCUGUUGAAGGCUCAGACGGCACCCCUUACUCACGGAUCCUGCGGUCUCGCCAGCAGUCUCCACCUCGCAGCCCCGUCCCCACCCCUCGUAGUCUCAGGGGGAAGUACUGAGCUCUUCAGAGCGUCAUCUUUUUGAUAUUAUGCAGUAAAGUUUUAUGUGCUUGUAACUUUAUAGUAUUUUUUAUAUUGCUUUGUAUAUAUUCACUUUCUGCCGUGAAAAACUCACUUUUUUGCCAAAUACAGUUAUGCUUUAAAUAGGGUUUCAGUACACUUUUAAAGGUAAGCAGUAAAACUGCUCAGUGGUUAUUAGUUAUGGACUGUAUGGUAAGAAAAGUGCAUGUGUGUGUUCAGCCUCUCUGCUUGCCUUUGCUGUAAGUUUCUUUUCUUCAUUAAAAUCUAUGAAACCA